UGGAACUAUAGGCAUGCACCACCCCGCCCAGUUUCAGGGGCCAACUCGGCUCAGGCCCCACACUGAAUACGAAGCCAAAGAAGACCAGAGGUACUGCCCAGCAGCUGCUAUGGAGCAGGUGACAUCUGCAGGCAGAAUGGUGCAGAUCACUGUGACGAAUGGCUAUGAUUUGAAAGGCUCUAAAGGAGAUACUCCGGUCACUGUUAUCCGAGCAGAAUUCAAUCAGGUGGUUCUGGGAGACUCUUCAAAAGUUACUGUUUCUCCUGAUGGAACUGCAAAAUACAACUUCACUAGCAGCUUUGAGUUCAGUCCUGAAGGAGGAAUCACUUUAGAUGACCUCGCGCACAAACCUGUAUUCUUAACCAUGACUGAAGUCUUACCAAAGGAAAGGAAACAGAAAGAAGAGAAGACCUUAGUUCUUGGUCAAGCCGUGGUGGACCUUCUUCCUUUACUGGAAGGAGAGACUUCAUUUGAAAUGAUGCUCCCCGUACACCCCGUGCAGGGCUCCCCGUUAGAAACUCCUCGGCCAGGCUCUCAGCAGUGCAGUCUUGGAGUUAAAGUGUUUGUGGCAGAGCCCUUACUGACCACGGCCCAGGCCUUAGGGAGCAACCUACUGAAGGUCACCUUGGAGGCCGCCUACUCUGUGCCUGAGUGUUUCAAUCCUCUAGGGCCCCCACAGAACUACAUGGUGGGUCUCCAAGUUCCAGCCCUCGGAGAGAAGGACUACCCCAUCUUAUUCAAGAAUGGGACUCUGAAGCUUGGAGGGGAGAGAGAACCUGUUCCCAGGCCCAAAAAGUGGCCAAUUGCCAACAUUCUUGCUCCAGGGGCCAAUAACAUCCCGGAUGCCUUCAUCAUGGGCAGCCCUUAUGAGGAGGAGGAAGGAGAGCUCAACCAUGCUGAGGACAGAGAAUUCAGGAGCCAAGCAGAGUGCGUAAAGAAGAGGAUUGUUUGGGACUUGGAAAGUCGCUGCUACCUUGACCCUCAUGCAGUUUCCAGUAAAGCUUCAUUUUCUCCUAAGAAGCAAUAUGAUGAAAUUGAUUUUUUGGCUGAAUAUAUGUAUUGUCAGAAUGAAGAUGAGAGCCAGCUGUCCUUUCACGGGGUAGCUUAUGUGAACAUGGUCCCACUGCUGUACCCAGGAGUGAGGAGGAUUCGGGGAGCCUUUCACGUCCACCCUUACCUAGACACUACAGUCUAUGAAAAGACCAAAUGUUUAUUCAGCUUGUUCCGGGAUACUGGCCAUCAUUUGAUUCAGAAUAAUAAAGUAGGAGCGGUUACCUCUCCACUGCCCAAAUCCCUUAUUUCUAAGACUCCGAAAGAAGAUAAAGCAGGCAAAGAGAAGGACACUGAUGGAAAGCUUAAGCCUAGCGAAGUGCAAGUGUCUAGUGUAAAGUCUCAGAGCUCAGAUACUCCCGUGGAAGGCGAAGCCCCUCUAAGUCACAAUCCGGAAGGACAGCAAUAUUCAGAAGCAGGGACGUACAUUGUGCUGGAGAUUGAGUUGGACAAGGCCUUGGUUCCAAAACGCCUGCCGGAGGAGCUGGCCAGAAGGGUCAAAGAAAUGAUUCCUCCACGGCCACCCCUAACCCGUCGGACAGGGGGUGCUCAGAAGGCCGUGAGUGACUACCAUGCACAGAUCAAGAACAUUUCUAGAGCGAUUCUAGAUGAGUACCACAAAAUGUUUGGAAAACAGGCGGCCAAACUAGGGUGUGAUCUCGACAGCGAGACCCUGGAGGAGCAGAAGUGCCAGCUCAACUAUGAGCUUAAUUGCUCUGGAAAAUACUUUGCUUUCAAAGAACAACUCAAGCACGCUGUGGUAAAGAUUGUGAGAGAGAAAUAUUUGAAGACAACAUCCUUUGAAAGUCAGGAGGAACUACAGACAUUUAUCAGUGAGCUUUAUGUGUUCUUGGUAGACCAGAUGCAUGUGGCCCUAAACCAGACUAUGCCGGAUGACAUCCAAGGCCCGGAGGCCACCAUCCCCACCAGCAGCGAGCAGCUUCGCCUCUUCGCGUUUGAAGCACAAGUCAAUGAGAACUUUGAAGUGGCAGCAGUGUAUUAUGAAGAGAGGUUGGUCCGUGAGCCCCAGAACCUGGAGUACUGGCUGGAUUAUGGUGCUUUCUGCCUCCUAAUUGAAGACAACAUCAAAGCACAAGAGUGUUUUCGGAAAGCCCUAUCUUUGAAUGAGAGUCAUAUCCAAAGCCUGCUGCUGUGUGGUGUGCUUGCUGUCUUGAUGGAAAACUAUGAGCAAGCAGAAAUUUUCUUUGAGGAUGCCACUUGUUUGGAUCCAACCAAUGUUGUAGCCUGGACUCUACUUGGUUUAUACUAUGAAAUUCAAAACAAUGGUAUUCGGAUGGAGAUGGCAUUUCAUGAGGCCUUCAAACAGCUUCAGGCACAAACGUUUCAAACACAAGUAAUGAUGCAAAAGAGCACUGGAACUAUCGAGGACAAUGAAGAAGGAAAGAGGAUAGAACCUGCUCCAAGCACCUGGGGAGUCACAAAGGAUGCUUCUGUCACAAUUCUCAAGGUGGAAGCUCCACAAGGAUCUGUAGCUGUGUUUUCCACUGUAGAUGAAGCUCUUGAAGAUUCUCCCAAACUUCAGUCUGAGUCACAAGAACCCAUACUGACUGUACAAUAUCAAGAUCCAACUAUUGGCCCCAAACCCUCCAGCAUGGUGUACAAGGAUAUACCAGACAAAAAAGUAUCAAAGUGUCAAGAUCUACCACCUUUUCCACAUCCUACCCCUCAUCAUGGUGCCUCCCAAACUCAUAGCAGCAUCUUCAUGGAGACCAUACGCUUCUUGAUGAAAGUCAAUGCUGUGCAGUAUGUGCACAGGGUGCUCACUCACGAGCUGCUGUGCCCCCAAGGAGGAGCCAGCUGUGAGUAUUUCUUGGUUCUGGCCCAGACUCACCUUCUCAAGAAGGACUUUGCUAAGGCAGAUGAAUACCUUCAACAAGCAGCCCAGAUGGACUACCUGAAUCCUAAUGUCUGGGGCCUGAAGGGCCACCUCUGCUUUCUGAGUGGAAAUCACACUGAGGCCAAGGCAUGCUAUGAGCGAACUGUUAGUUUUGUAGUGGAUGCUUCUGAGAUGCAUUUCAUCUUUCUGCGUCUUGGUCUUAUCUAUCUAGAAGAGAAAGAGUAUGAAAAGGCAAAGAAGACCUACCUGCAGGCCUGUAAGAGAUCUCCUUCCUGCCUUACUUGGCUGGGACUGGGAAUUGCCUGUUACCGGCUGGAUGAGAUCACGGAGGCUGAGGAUGCGCUCUCUGAAGCCAAUGCACUGAACAACUACAAUGCUGAAGUCUGGGCAUAUUUGGCUCUGGUCUGCCUGAAAGCUGGACGGCAACUGGAAGCUGAACAGGCCUACAAAUACACAGUAAAGCUGAAACUGAAGGAUGAGGCUUUGCUUGCAGAGAUCCACAUGGUACAGGAGAUGGUUGGAUUUGGAGAUCCAUCUUUCUGACAUUCUUAAACCGAAGAAUUUUCUGUGUGGGAUUCUGAGCUCCUUUCCAUAUGAAAAUUUUACCACAUGAACCUUGG